AUGUUUGGCCUAUAUUUGGAUUGUGAAAAUAAUUUAUCGCGUCACAUUUGUGAGAGGCUCUAUUUAAAUUCAACGAUGACGGAUAUAAAAUUUGAAUUCAUCACCAAUACGGGCGGUCCUAUUGAGGUUCCAGCGCAUAAAUUCAUAUUGUCAUGUGGUAGUUCCGUAUUCGAUUCCAUGUUCAAUGGUCCUUUAAAACUUGAAACUGAUAAAAUUCCCAUAGACGAUGUCUCAGCUUCUGCAUUCAAAGAAUUUUUGCAAUUUUUCUAUCUGGAUGAGGUGCGCUUAACGCCAAAAAACAUAGCCGAAGUGGUGAAACUGUGUAAAAAAUUCAAACUCCACGAUUCGAUAACAUCGUGUGCGAAUUCAUUGCGGGGCACAUUAGUAAUCGACGAUAUGUGUUGGGGCUAUGAAAUUGCAUUGGCGCUUGAAGAACCAACCCUAAUCCAGUAUUGCGAAGAAAGAAUCAAGCAAAAUCCCAUCGAAAUAUUUGAAUCAGAAAGCUUCAUCCAAUGCUCUUACAAUGUGUUGAACAAAAUUCUUGACUUGCUACUGUUGGAAUGUGAUGCAGAGCAAAUUGUAAUGGCGUGCAUGAAGUGGUCUAAAGCCGAAUGCGCGCGCGCCAAAAUACUUCGAACACCGAAAAAUCUACGAAUGUCACUGGAUGACGCGUUCAGUCGCAUCCCAUUUGAGCGAAUGACGCUGGAGCAAUUUGUAAGAUUCAAUAUUUUGUGCAAAAAGAUGUUGACAGACGAUGAAAUAAAUAUUAUCAACAAUAAAAUCUUGGGAGUCCCUGUUGAAGAAGAAGUAUCGUCAUUUGAAACUAUUUUCGAGUGCGAUCGUCAAAUGCCGGAAACAGAGGAUUUGAGCUACAAUUUUGGCAGCGAUAUAUUUACAGCUUUUUCGACCAAUAAACAAGUGUUGAUGAAAGAAUUUUCAGCCAAAUUGUACGGUACAGCAAAGUAUGACAGUGAGAUUUGCUACGAUGUAAGCAUGAAGUGUUUGGAGUAUUCGACGAAAUUGAUAUCGGGACUGGCUACCAUUGUGAAAGGAUGCGAUGAACUUCAUAUUAUUUUGCCACAACCUGUGAUUAUCGCGGCUGAAAAAUUACAUUUUAUCAACGUUUAUACGUGGCCAACAGAUUGCAUCGAUUUUUCGAAUGAAAGUGUCAUGCAACCAAAGCUUAGGAAUCGAAUUCAAAAGGGCGACCUGAAAAUUAGCUUUAGAACAAAUGCACAGUUUGACAGCGACUCGAUUACACGUGUGAUUUUUGAAAAGUCUAAACUUCAUGAUGAAAUUUGGCGAGAAAUCGAUUAA